GUCAGUUGUAAUAGGGGGCGGGCUUACGUGUAUUUUGAUUAAAGGUAUAUAUGUAUAUUACCCGGAUCAUCAUUGAUACCCCCCAAACGAGGUCGAGAUGUCAACGCAACAGCAGCAACUGGACUUUAUCGAGCGCCACCUGGUGUACGAUAUCUUCAAGGACUUUGGUCCGGGUGCUUCGCUAGAGUCCCACAGUGUGGAGUGCUCCAACGGGCUGGAUGGAUUCAUGUCCGCCUUGUACACAGUUACCUUGGAACUGGUUAUCGCCGAGCGAAAGCGGACAGAGGUCGUCCUGGUCAAGUUCAUGAAGGGAACGGAGGAUUUCAGGGAGAGCAGCAAUUCAUACAUCCAGUUCGCCAACGAGAUCUUCGCCUAUGCCGAGAUCCUGCCCGCCUAUGAGAAUGUUCUGAGGACGAGUCACCUGGAAAGCGAUGUGGUGACCAACUGGGUUCCUCGCUGCUACCUCGCAAGGUUUGGUCAGGUUGAAGGUCUCGGCAAUGGAAGGGAAUCCGUGUUGGCUCUGAAGCAUCUAAAGGGCGACGGCUACCAGUUGGGUCCAAGGCUCACCCUUCGCCGGGAUCAGCUGGAGGCCAUGGUGGGUCUAGUGGGUCCGUUCCAUGCCUUGGGCUACGCCACUAGAAUCCUCCAGCCGCGGGUUCAUGCUCGUUUGCGCGCCGGCGUGGUGGACAUGCCCUUUGUUUCCAACUCGGGAAAGGCCAUCUUUGAUGUCCUCUAUCGCGUUGCCUUCGAUCGAUUCUACGAGUUCUACGACAGGCAGAAGGAGCAGCUUCUUAAGGACACAGAUGCUGGAUUUGGUGCCGCCAUAGAGCAUCUGCGGGAGAAGUACUUCAAGCAGCCCACUCUUUUGCUGGAGAUGAUUCGCACCAAUUCCUAUGCCGAAGAUCAACCGGGUAGCCAUUUUGCUACCUUCCUGCACGGCGAUUACAAUAGGAACAAUGUGCUCUUCCACUACGGAGCCGAUGACAAGGUGGAUGGCAUCAGAGCCAUCGAUUUCCAGGAGCUGCGUUUCAGCACCACGGCCAUUGAUCUCAGUUUCUUCAUGUACAUGAACACGCCUUCCGAGGGAAGGGACGAGAUCUACGCAGACUUGCUGCGCAAGUACCACUCUCAUAUGAUCGGGAUGCUGGAACUGGUGCUGCGACGCAACCAGGAUGAGUUGACCGAGGAUCGGGUGGAUCAGCUGCUGAAGGAGUAUAGCUACGAGCACUUUAUUGCCCACUUUAAGCGUUAUGCCUUCUAUGGGGUACUGGUGUGCAUGCACUUCCUGCCCUGGCUGCUCGGCAACGAAAAGGAUUGCGCCGAGUUGUCCCGCCUCUUCGAUACGGAUAUGCACGGUCCUGCCUUCCACCAGUUGUCCCUGGACAUUGGAGGAGACGAGGCGAACGUGGAGAUCUUUAAGACGGUGCGACAUGCCUACGAGCAUGGCUACAUGGACGAGAUUUAAAAUCUUUUACAUGGCAUUUAUCAAUAUAUAUAUAUUAAUAUAAAUCAAAUCUAAUUUGAAACUUUA